UGGCUCUGUUUACAUUUGGCCAAGUUUCUAUUAAAUCUACAACGAUUGAUCCCACGUACGGAGUCGACAUAAAUCCAGGGUUCGUUAUGGCAGCGGCGACGUUGUCACCAGGCCCGUCUGGUUCAGGAACACCAGAUGGGAAAUCGAGGAAGAGAAAAACAGGAAGAGAUUCUGAUGAUGAGGACAGUCAAGGUGGCUCAUAUGGGCAUGGAAAUGAGGCAGCAGAUAAAGAGCGUUUUGCCAGGGAGAGCCACUGUGAAAUAGAGCGUCGGCGCCGCAACAAGAUGACAGCCUACAUCAACGAGCUGUGUGAUAUGGUGCCUACAUGCAGCACAUUGGCCCGCAAGCCUGACAAGCUGACCAUCCUUAGAAUGGCUGUAUCUCACAUGAAGACCUUGAGAGGCACAGGCAACACUACAUCAGAUGGCUCCUACAGGCCAUCUUUUCUCACAGAUCAAGAGCUUAAACAUCUUAUUCUUGAGGCUGCUGAUGGCUUCCUGUUUGUGGUACAAGCUGAUACAGGCCGGUUAAUAUAUGUAUCAGAUUCAAUAACACCUGUCCUAAAUCAAAGUCAGGCGGACCUUUUUGGUACAACGCUGUAUGAUCUAGUACAUCCAGAUGAUGUGGACAAAGUUCGUGAUCAGCUUUCCACCACAGAGUCACAGAACACAGGUCGCAUUCUAGAUCUGAAAACUGGUACUGUCAAAAAGGAAGGACACCAGUCUUCUAUACGACUGUGUAUGGGAUCUCGAAGGGGUUUCAUUUGUCGAAUGCGAAUGGGUAACACACAUGUAGACCCCAUGACUGCCAACCACACAGUUCGGAUCAGGCAGCGGAAUACUCUGGGGCCGGCAUCCGAUGGAAACCACUAUGCUGUGGUUCAUGUGACAGGGUACAUCAAAAACUGGCCUCCUGCUGGCAAAGGUGUUCAGAUGGAUAGAGGGGAGGGAGAAGACUCAGGAAGUCAUUGUUGUUUGGUUGCCAUUGGACGCCUGCAGGUGACUAACACACCAAACUGCAGUGACUUGAUGGGACCAAAUGCUUCUUCAGAGUUCAUUUCUCGCCACAGUAUUGAUGGAAAGUUCACUUUUGUUGACCAAAGGGUAAAAACUGUGCUUGGCUACCAGCCACAGGAAUUACUAGGUAAAGUGGCCUUUGAAUAUUAUCAUCCUGAAGAUCAGACACACAUGAAGGACACAUUUGAACAGGUCCUCAAGUUGAAAGGACAGGUGAUGUCCAUCAUGUACCGUUUCCGUGCAUCUAACCGCGAGUGGGUAUGGCUGCGUACUUCUAGUUUUAGUUUCCAGAAUCCAUAUACUGAUGAAGUGGAGUAUAUUGUCUGUACCAACACAUCAGCUAAGAAUUCACAACAAGGUCCAGUGGCAGCAAUGGGAGGUGAACAGAUGCCAGACGUUGUACCAUCCCUCACAUCAUAUCCCUCCUCAGCCCCACGGGCCAUCAAAACUGACUAUCGUGAUGCAGGAGGCUAUGCAGCAGACCUCUAUCAUAUGAGUAACCGUGCGAUACAGCAAGACAUGUAUUCCCCGUACACGCAAGCUGCUGCAGCAGCCACCGCCAUCAAGUACCCAGCACACACAAGCCCCUCUGGCAUGGGUCUGAGCCAGCAAUCCCCAGCCCCAGCUAUUGGCCCUCUUGGUCUGCGCCGCAGUCCUGCCACCCAGACUGGAACACCCAGUGGAUGGGUGGGACCGCAGGGUGGCUAUGGUCGCAAUGAUGCUGGGGGUGAGUUUGGGGGGUCAGCAGCGGGCCAUGGGCACUACAGCCAUUUAAACCCUAGUGCCACAUCACCAGGAGGAGCAGGUAUGUGGGGCCAGUGGUCUCAAGGCUCAUCUGAUGGCAGUGCACAUCAGCAGGCAGCAGGGCAACAGGCACCACAGCAGCAAGAGGAGUUUGGGGACAUGUUCGGCAUGCUCAGUCAGCCAGCCCCAGAGUUUAAUGACUUGUCGGGCAUGUUCACCAAUUUCACAGAAUAACCAUGGCACAUUUCCAUAUGAGACAAGCACUUUUGAAAACUGGGGGAGAGGGACCAAGAAGUUGUGCUGUGUCCCCAACAGGUCUGUGUGCUCCUUGAUGACGGAAUGGGAAUAGGGCAUGUGCAGAAAUACGGUCGGGCAGUGGAUGGAUAUCUGUGGCUUGGAGAGUCACCCUUGGCUAAUCUGCUCUUCCAGUAUCAAAGUCUCUAGAGCAUCUGACUGCUAGAAGGAUUGUUGUGCACAGCUUUUCACCAUAAAUAUGACAGAUUUUGAUGAAGAGCAAAAUGAAAUGGCUGACUCCUGACUUGGGUCUCAUUUCCUUCAGUCUGUGCAAAUUUAGGAUUUUUGGUUUUAUUUUUUUUUUUAGUUAAUCAGUUUUAUUUUUUCUUCUCUUUUAGAGACCUCUUCAACUUUGCCCAUUUUACUGAAACUGCCUGAAGGGGUUUGCAUUUAUCAUGAUUAAUUUAAAAAGUGCUACUAAGUGGGAGAAAAAAUACACGAAGGGAUUUACAUCCCUCAUGAUAAAUUUUAAAAGUGCUGUUUAGAGAAAGAAAACCCUUGGGUUUGUCUCAAACUCUUUUUUCUAUCUUCUUUAUGACGAAAUCAUUUUCAGAACUAAGAGCAGUGCAAUAGCCUUUUCUAUUUCUGUGGUCUUUGCAGGAAGUGGGGUAUAUUGCAAGUUUUGUUGUUUUUUUUUUUUUCUUUGUUUGUUUUGGUGGGAGGGUUUUUGUAUGUGCUCUUCAUAGUCUGCUUUGUUAUCUGCUUAGGAAAAUCUAGGUUUUAUUCUCAGCUGGGUGUCAUUUUUUUCCCCACAAAGCUGAGUACAAGUAGCCAUUUGUCUGGUCAACACAUAAAUGAAACCAGCAAAUGUACUCAUGUGUUGUGCUGAAGUUGGUAAAGGAUUUUGGUUUGUUUUUUAGCUCAGCAUAUUGUUGAUGGUUUGGAAGUUGCCAUUUAUGAAGCAUAAUUGAUAAUUAUAGAAAACUCUGGGGAUUGGGGGGAGUUUGAUGGAAUAAAAUCUAGGUACGUGGAAUUUGUAAGUGAUAUACAAGAUUUCUUUUUAUCAUUUGAAGAAUGUUGUGGCAUGUCAUUGAUUUCCUUGUUCUCAUUCUAUUUAAGAUAAUUGAUCAUAGUAAGUGUUUACAGAGAUGUAUACUAGUCAGUUUUAUUUUCUGGCUUUGGUUUUUUUUUAAACAUUUGUAAAGAGUGUCAGUUGUUUUUUUCUUCUGGUGUCAUAUGUACUAAACUUUUGAUGCGUCCAGAAGUUUAUUAGCACAUGUACAUAUUAACACCAAUUUCACAUUACUAAAGCCUAUUUUAUUAUUAUGAACAUAUCUCUGAAUCUUAAUCAGUGAAAGGCAAUAAAAUAAGUGCAUGGAUUUGCUUACUGAAAAUAAUGAAGGGUUUUCUUAAUAAACAUGGCAGACCACACGAUGUGUGCAUUUGUAUGCAUAUGCUCAGAUAUGCAAAGAUCAGAGAAAAGCGUAUAGAUGUUGGGUUAAGAGAGAUGGUUCUGAAGGCUUUACUUCGGAAAAAUGCAAAUGUGAUAAGAAAUCUUUUGCAGGAUUCUGGAUCUCUGCUUACUUAUUUUGUGGUGACAGAGCUGUAAAUGAUCCUGGCUAAAAAAGGUGCAUCAUUCCCAAACUAAAAUGAAGUCUUGAAAUCUUUAGCAUAAGACUCAAUCAGUGUAAAAUUAAGCAUUGCAUUUAAUAGAUUAAUAUUAUGUUGAAGGAUUUUAUUUAGAAGACAUAAGAUUUAACUGACACAGUGAAGAAGAAUUGCAAUGUGCUCCUUACAAGUCUUUGCAAUGUAGAGAUGACAGCAAGCUUAUGGUGUUUACGUGCCUUGUUUAGUCUGUGAGACUGUUCAUCUGCAGUAGACUGUUGUUGUCAUUUGUGAAUCUGUAGCUCUGACUCUUGAUAUUUGGUAUUUCUCUUGAUUGGUGUGUGUCAGUGUGUAUGCAUCUAUGUGUUCUUUGAGGGAACUUGUGUUGGUCUCAGUCAUUAUCCAUCUGAAUUUUGUCGUGGAUCUUAUGGUGAGCAUCCAGCUUUGGUUUAUGAUAAAUACCAGGAAACUUUGUUCCCUUCAAGAUAACUUUGAAAGUGACAUAAGUAAUUGGAUGAAAAUGGUUCUAAAGUGAUUCAGGCUGCAAUAGCUUGUAAGAUGUCUAUCCUUAUUAUUUCAUAAUAUAUUCUGACAGCCUUUGGAAACAUUUGAGCGCUACUUAUUAAGAAACAAAGUGGCAUUAAUCCAUCUGUCACUAAGUUUUUUGUGGUGCAGCUUUUCUGUUACAGACUGGUUUCUCUUCCAACAGAUUUUAGAAACUUAUGACCUGUUGCACAAUGUCUAAGAACAAAGAAGGCCUUUAGUCAUGGGAGUGAAUGAACUGGAUGGAUUGGGACUUUUAUUGAUAUGUUUUGUACAAUCUUAGUUUAAACUCAUUGCUUUUGCCUGCAGGCUUUUCGGGUAAAUCUGGCAUAUACAUAAGUAGAGAAAUAGGUAUUCAAUACACAUUACGAGUGCUUUUGCAUAUCCAUACAGCUAUAUUUUAAUCAAAGACAGUCCAAGUAAGCUUGGUAUGCUAAUGCUAAAUUCAUUUUCCUCACCUAAAAUCAUAAAUUUGCAGUCUCUAAAGUGUAAAUACAUAGAGGUACAUGUAGUGUUCAUUGACACACAGAGACAAGUCUGAAGUGAGAGUUUGGAUUACACAAACACUGGGUGACUAACUUGAUGUUUAAAUCAGAGACACAUCACCUUUCUGUUUAUAGUCUUAUAGCCAUGUGUCAUUGUGUAUGGCUGUGAACAUUUCAGUCCAUCCUAUUAUUGCAGCCCUUAGAAGGGAAAAAAUUCCCUGAGAACAGAACCUGGGUGAUACAGUUGAACUUCAGUUUGUCGAAAUUCUCCCUAACUGGAAUUUUAAGCAUCAGUUGGUUAGUUUUCCGUUAAAGCAAUGCAUAUUCAACUUCUUGAAUCGGCCUAGCCGAAAACUUACACAACUCAGAAUGACAAAAUGAACAUUUGGUUGAAAUUAAACGUCCACUGUGAAAAAAAUUUUUUUCAACAAACUUCCUUAACUUGAGCCUUCUGAAACUUGUUUUUUUUAAUAGGCCCAUUGAAGCUUCGACUUACAGAAGUUUGACUGUAACAAAAAGUUGAAGCAACAGACUGGUCUGAUGUUUCUGAAGUUCACCUGAUAUAUCUGUUUCAAUACUGCUUCAUACAGCAGGAGGGUGUUAUUGUUUCUCAUCACCUCAUGAAUGCCCAUUGCCUGUUUUUCACUGGUAUUGUUAGGGGAACAGGGUAAGUAUUAACUUCCCCAAAGUUCUCAAAGCAGCAUUAAAAGUUUUCUUACACAAGGCAGGCAUAAUGUCAUAGUCAUAAUACAAGUGAACAUCAAAAAUGUUUUUAACCUUCCAGUAGUUGUUAACUUUCUAGUCCUGUAGUUUUAUUUAUCACCACUGGUCUUUGUUAAUAAGCUUUUCCAGAGAUCCCCAAGUGUUAGAUUUUUUAAACCUUUUGUGACUCACCUAAUUUAUCACCUCAUGGUAUGUCACCCACAAAUCAGUGGUGUAGAAAUUAGUGUAGAUAUGAUUGGAGUUAGCAAGGGGCAACUAGCUUUCUGCCUGACCUAACACCAAUCUUCUUGGGUACGCAACAGAUUUUCUUCUUUGCUGUCUAUUUAGCUUUGUACAGAAGUUCCAGAUAGGUCAGUUGCACACCAGCAAGUUUGCCUAAAAUUGAUCAAACUGCAGAGGCAUACGCUUAUUUCUUUUUCAGCAGUCAUUUUCUACAAUUUCUGUUGGAAGAAAAUGUCCAUACACCUGGUGUUACAUAAAAAUUGGAAAGAUUAAUGUGUAACUUUGCCAGAACAUUCAUGCUUUUUGGAUCACAUGACCAGACUUGGCUAUCCAGUCUGUGUGUAAAUCCAUUUCUUUAAAAACUUUUUGUGCUAUGGGAAUAAACAAAUUGUCAGGUGUCACUCAUUCGGAUCAUCUGUCUUUUAUAGAAAAGUCCUGUCAAGUAGAUUCCCUGAAAUUUUGCUGUUAGCAGACAAUAGUGUGCAAAUGCUGUCUCCAUUUCAUUGUAUUUUGUAACAAUAUAUAUUUAAAGGCUACAUUUUAACAUGAUGAUUUUUAUAAUGAAUAAACAUAAAUUGUGAAAGUG